CCGGCUCGGUGAUUGGCUGCUUCUCAUUCUUCAGCCUGGCUGACGACACUGUGGGUUUGCACUGGGCCUGUUAUUUACUCGGCUCGAGCUGUCGCUGCUGGUGGCGCCUAGUCCGGCCCGAGUGACCCGCCAUCUGCUCUCCCGGAGCCGUGUCAGCACUCUUACCGAAGGCGGGAUCAUGCCCGGCCCCAGCUGCUCCCGGGCCGCCCGGCUAAUCACCUGCUCGCUGCACAGAGGUGAGUGUGAGUGGGGGUCAGUGAGUGAGCGGCCUGACACCUGCUGGGACAGUGAGUGACGCACCUCUGCUUCAUACGGCAUCACUCCAAUCACUCUCAGCCAGACAGGAAAAUACACCGCAUGCCAGGUAACUGACUAGCCUGUACAGCCAGCUCUGCCAACCCUGCUGGCUGGGGUAAUGGGGUAACCCCCCCGGGGGGAGGUGACUAUUGAGCUCAUCAGCUGGCUGUAACUGAAACCAGAGAUCCUACCCCCGGGGUUAUUACCGGGGUUAUUACACUAAGGGCUAGGGUUAUUAUAUCUGGGACCUGACCCCCUGACCUGACCCCCUGGGUUAUAGCACUGGGGGGGACCUGACCCCAGGUUUAGCUGGGGGGGGACCUGACCCCCGGGGUUAUUACACUGGGGGACCUGACCCCCGGGGUUGGGGACCUGACCAGGGCACUGGGGGACCUGACCCCCGGGGCUAUUACACUGGGACCUGACCCCGGGGUUAUUAGACUGGGGACCUGACCCCCGGGGUUAUGCUGGGGACCUGACCCCCUGGGGUUACACUGGGGGACCUGACCCCUGGGUUGCCCUGGGGACUGGGGGGCCUGGGGACCCACCCCCGGGGAUACACUAGCCGUUUUUUGUUAAUGAAAUUUAGGAAAAGCCCUUUUGAAAAAAAACGAACUUUUCCAUAAUGGACAAUCGGGGGAGGGGGGGCACCUACUGCCACAGGCUGCUCACUGUUUAGUAGACAUGCCCCUACUCACGGUAUAGCGAGUAGGGGCAUUCGGGAGAUUUUAAUCUCCCUUAUGCUAUUAUGGGGGGUCAUAUUGACCCUAAUAGAGUGAGGGGGGGCUUAUGAAGUGGCGGGCAGCACUGCUCUCUGCCGCUUCUAUCUUUACAUUUUACAAGGAGGGUGCUGCCUGCCGUUAGCUCUCUCCUUGUGAUAAACUGCACGAACAAACGAGCACUGAUACAGUGUUUGUUCGUCUGAUUUUUCUAUUCAUUCAUUUGUCUUUAUGACGAAUGAAUAUAUGAAAUUCCUGUUCGCAUGCCUAAGUGUUUAACUGGGCAUGUGGAGGAAUCUCACAGCGCUAUCUCGUGUGGGCAGAUGACGUGUUCCACAGGGACUUCCUCUACCCACACAAAGAUGGUGGCGACCUGAAUAUAGAUCGGGGUAGAAAAUAAAGAUUAAAAAUAGUUAAUCUGGGGGGGGGGGCUUAGGGGCAUUUGGGGGUGACUAAGGGGUCGGUUAGAUGUAGCGGGGGAGGGGGGUUAAAAAAACAAAACAAAAAAAACCUGGAUUCGGUCAUGACAGUGCCGCUUUAAGUUCCUUUAACCUUUCCUUGUAAGUUAUAUCCUGCAAUCCAUGAACCAGUUUAUUAGGCCUUCUCUGAACCCUCUCUAAGGUAUCAAUAUCCUUCUGAAGAUACGGUCUCCAGUACUGGUGUACAAUACUCCAAGUGAGGUCUCACCAGUGUUCUGUACAAUGGCAUGAGCACUUCCCUCGUUUUACUGCGAAUACCUCUCCCUAUACAACCAAGCAUUCUGCUAGCAUUUCAUGCUGCUCUAUUACAUUGUUUGCCUACCUUUUAAAGGAUCACUAUAGGGUCAGGAACACAAACAUGUAUUCCUGACUGUAUAUUGAUUAAAACCCCCAUUCCCCCUCAUGCCUCCCUAAAUAUAGAAAUCUUACUUGUAUUCAAGUCUGCAGCUCCUGGCUUUUUGCCUGUUUCCUUUAGACCUGUCUGCUGAAGUGGUGGCCUGAUCCAAUCACAAUGCUUCCCCAUAGGAUUGGCUAGGACUGACAAGGAGGCAGAGCCAGCUAAAUUCAAACACAGCCCUGGCCAAUCAGCAUCUCCUCAUAGAGAUGAAUUGAAUCAAUGAAUCUCUACGAGGAAAGUUCGGAGUCUGCAUGCAGAGGGAGGAGACACUGAAUGUUUGGAUGCAUUUUAGGCAGCCAUGACCCAGGAAUAAUCUCUAACAGCCAUCUGAGGAGUGGCUAGUGAAGUUAUCAUUAGGCUGUAAUGUAAACACUGCUUUUUCUCUGAAAAAACUGUUUACAGCAGAAAAACUGAAGGUAAUGAUUCUACUUACCAGAACAAAUUCAAUAAGCUGUAGCUGUUCUGGUGGCUAGUGUCCCAUUGAGUCAACUGAAAUAAUUACUCCUAAAUCCCUUUCCUCAGAUGUUGUGGUUAGGACUCUGUCAAAUAUUCUGUACUCUGCCCUUGGGUUUUUAAGUCCAGGGUGCAUUAUCUUGCACUUAUCCACAUUAAAGAGCUGAAUUGAACAUGUAUGCGUAGAUCGUUGCUUGCCAAUAUGAACCUGGCUAUGGGUAAACUGAUCGUACCUACUGUGGUGAAAGUAACCUCGCCACUGGUUCUUGGAGGGGCCACAACUCUGACCAUUUUUCUAGUUUACCUAAAUCAUUUGGCUUAUCCCUCCUGGAACAUCAACCCUGUUACAUAUCUUGGUAUCAUCAGCAAAAAGACAUACCUUACCAUCAAGACCUUCUGCAAUAUCACUAAUAAAAAAUAUUAAAGAGAAUGGGUCCAAGUACAGAUCCUUGAGGUACCCCACUGGUGACAAGCCCAUGCUUCGAAUAUACUCCAUUGACUACAACCCUCUGUUGCCUGUCACUCAGCCACUGCCUUACCUAUUCAACAAUUUUGGAAUCCAAACUUAAAGAUUGCAGUUUAUUGAUAAGCCUUCUAUGUGCAACAGCAUCAAAAGCCUUAUUGAAAUCUAGGUAAGCAAUGUCUACUGCACCACCUUGAUAUGUUAUUUUAGUUACCCAAUCAAAAAAAUGAAUUCGAUUAGUUGGGCAUGAUCUCUCAGAAGUAAACCCAUGUUGUCUCUGAUCUUGAAAUCCAUGUGUUUUUAGAUGUUCAACAAUCCUAUCCUUUAACAUGGUUUCCAUUACAUCCCCACUAUUGAAGUAAGGCUUACUGGCAUAUAGUUGCCUGGCUCCUUUCUACUACCUUUCUUGUGAAUGGGCACAACAUUUGCUAACUUCCAAUCUUCUGGGACUACUCCUGUUAACAAUGAUUGAUUAAAUAAAUAUUGUUAAAUAAAUCUGUUAAUGGUUUUGCUAGUACACCACUAAAGUCUCUUAAUGACUUUGGGUGUAUUCCAUCAGGUCCCAUUGACUUGUUUGUCUUUUACUUUUAACAGUUAAAAUAGAACCUCUUCCUCUGUGAACUCACAUGUAAAAAUAACGAAUUUGUCCUUUUUCCUAACUGAGGCCCCUUUCCUUCGUUUUCAUCUGUAAAUAGUGCACAAAAAAUAUUCAUUGAGGCAGUCAGCUAGACUUUUUUAUCCUCUUCUACAUACCUUGCUUCUUUAGUUUUUAAUCUAACUAAUCCUUGUUUUACUUUCCUUUUCUCAUUUAUGUAUCUAAAAAUGUUUUGUCCCCUGUUUUCACUGACUGUGCUAUAAUUUUUUUUUUAUUAUUAUUAUUUUACACUAUUUUGGACAUAUCUGUGAAGUACGACAGUGGUUUUUUAAUUUUUAUUUUUUUUAUAUAUAAUAUAGAUACAUUUUUUGCUUUUACUGACCAGCCUGAUGCAAUUUUUUUUUUUAUUUUUUUGCCUUCAGCAGUGCAACUUUGAAAUAAUCCAAUUUCUCGAACUCCAGUCUGAUAAUGACUCCUUUUACACAUAUUCUAAUUUUCAAAAAGUCUGUCUUUGUUAAUUUUUUUUUUUUUUUUUUAAAGUCUAAAACUUUAUUUUUAUUUUUAUUUUUGUGUGGUGUGACUCAGUCACUGUUCUUGUAUUAAACCACACAGACUGAUGAUCACUGGAUCCUAAACUUUCACCCACAGUAAUAUCUGAUACCAAAUCUCCAAUUUUAACACUAAAGCUAGUAUGGUCUCUUUACGAGUUGGCUCCUCAACGACUUGUUUUAGAGACAAUCUCAAUAGGGUGUUUAGAAUAUGUGUGCUCUUGGCACAAGCGGCUAUUUUGUUUUUUCCAGUACUAGUGCUUGGAGUCCCCUGGCACUGUCUCUCCAUCCAGUGAUAAACCAUUUUUGAUCAGCCUAACACUGAAUGAGAGUUCCUGGCGUCCCAUAGUCCUGGCUAUGACAGUGAUUUACAGGUCUUGGCAGGAUUGAAUUAUGGGGCGAGCAGGAGAAACCAACUAGAACUGGUUCUUUCAUUACUUAGGUUAGCGGGGGGAGUGUAGGAUGUUUUGACAGGCAGUGAAGCCAGCAUGCGGGUAUCUUUAGAAGAAAUUGUUUUUGCAGAAGUAUUGUAUUUGUGUGUGUGUGUGUGUGUGUGUGUGUGUGUUUAAUUUUUAACUUUUUUUUUUAUUAUCUGUUUUCAUAUGCUCCAUAACUGGGAACGUAAUUGUUCUCCUGAUACUCUGUGUAGGCUGACUUGUUUUCCAUUCUGUGUGUGUAUGCACAGAUUAGCACAUGUGGUCUUUUCUCUCCUCCUCAUCUGGUCACAUGAUGCCUGACUAAGCCCUUAUAUGAUGUGGUUUGGCAGACUUUUUUUUUCAGAAACUAUUGUGAAGGCUCUGCUUGUGAGAGAAGAGACCAGCUAAUAUAUCUGGUGAUAACUUGGAUCAGGGUAAGGUUAACAUGGAAGUGGUGGAAGCUUGCUUUGACUUUGACUAUUUCUAAAACUCAUGCUCUGCAUAAGAAAGUAGUCAAUACUAUAAGGGGAAAAAAAUACAUCUUAAAAACUGAAUAUGGGCAAUAUGUAGAACACAGAUAAUUUUGCCACAAAGUUGUACAUUUUUUUUUAUAUAUAUAUAUAUAUAUAUAUAUAUAUAUAUAUAUAUAUAUAUAUAUAUAUAUAUAAUUUUUUUUUUUUUCAACCAAGAGAGCUGAAUUAAACACGUAAACGUAGAUCGUUGCUUGCCAAUAUGAACCUGGCUAUGGAUAAACUGAAAGUAACCUCGCCACUGGUUCUUGGAGGGGCCUGUCUGCUCACCUCAGGACUAUGGGCCAUGCAAAAAGGCUCAUAAACGACUUUGAAUACCAGUCCAAAGUUACCUCCUUUUACGGAGGAAUGUGUGUAACAAAGUGCUUUAAAAACAUGAGUGAUUUACAGGCAGGUCUAUACACCUGUGUGGAAAUACCCUCUUUUCCACUAAACAAUCAUAAACUACAGUGCGGUAUAAGUGGCAAAGACCUACACCUUUGAGCGCUCCACUUAUAGGUGUAGGUCUUUGCCACUUAUACCGCACUGUAGUUCAUAAACGACUUUGUUCGUGCCUUUUUGCUAUCCUGUUCGGGAACUGAACAGACGCACGCACCAGGAACCACACUGGAGCUUGUUUAGCCCCGUCAUCACCUCUUAACGAUUCUAACCGCCGUGUUCUAAUUGUUCAUGUGGGUGACCGCUGUUUGCAUGGUCGACCGCAAGGUGGCGGCCAUCUUGUUUCCACUAACGCAGGCAGCGGUGUUUGGUCGUCGCGUUCAUGAAACUGUUUUCGGACACUGAAACUCCCAAAUACUGCUGAACUUCCAUCAUAGCCUACGUUCAAUACUUUACAUCCUCAAAGAGCGCUGUUCGGUGAAAUCGUUCGUCUGAAUGAGGUGAACAAGCUCCACGGAAGGAAUAUUGACUAUGUUCGUUAGUUUGUUUUUUUGUUUGUUUUUUUUUAAACUACCGAACUAGACCGACUGCUAGUCCUGAUUCUCUGGAACUGUUUUGGGCAUAGGACCAUGUGUGCGGUCGGUCAAAAAUAAGACAUCCAAGAAUCACCCAGAUCGGUACAGGAAUUUUUUGUUUUUUGUGGGGGUUUUGUUAGUUUGAAAGGUAUUUUUGGGAGUUUUAUAAAAAUGUGUCUUUGUGUCAGGAGAAUGAGUUAAUACAAUACUUGACUCCAUGACUCCGGUACAGAGGAGGGAUUGAUAAUAAGUAAAAUACAAACAAAAUACAGUGCUGGAAUAAAAGUGUUGCUACGAUCACCAGUGUUAUGUCACACAACGCAUAUAAAUAACCAAAAAAAUAAAUAAAUAGGUGAGAGCUAACACAUAGAACAAUAAAAUACUACCACUGCAGGAUCUUUGGUAGUAAAUAUAAGCCACUAGAUAUCUGUAAUAAAGCAUAAAAUACAGAUCAUAGUGCGAUAUGUUAAUAAACUAAAAAGAGAAAUUGUAAGUCAAACUGGUUAAACUCACAUGGUGCUGAGCCUAUUAGCAGGAUCAGACUUUCAGGACUCUUCAAUAAAUAUAACUUCCUGAUUACUGUUCCCAGGUUCUGCUUCCCUUCAAGGAUCUUGAUUCCAGACUUGGAUAAAUGCAAAACAAUUUAUUGGGUAAAUGAUACAUGAGGUAUAAAAACGAAGAGUAUACUGAUAGCAAGCAGUAUACAGACAGCACAACGCAUUUCGACCGUUCAGUAAGUCUUUUUCAAGUGCAUAAACUCUACUUCUUCCAGUCUUCAUUUUAUAUACAGGCUGUGUCCUUUUCCCGCAUGUAUUCAAUUGUACUUCCCGGUUCAGAAGGUCAUAUGACCUCAUAUCCGUCGUCCAUAUUAUGACGCUCGGCGGAUAUUUAAGAGAUUUAUUGAAAUGGAUUAAGCUAUGUCUGCACUGUUCCGAUUUACAUAAUGACUAUACUUCUUUCUUAUUAGUAUUUAUGGACUCCUUUUCCCUUAAACGCUAUUAUUGUGUACUUAAGGGCAGAGAUUUAUCUUUUUCCUCACUUGAUAUAACCCAUAUUCUCAUAGACUCAAAACAAUGUCAUAUGUAAAUCGGAACAGUGCAGACCUAGUUUAAUCCAGUUCAAAAAAUCUCUUAAAAUAUCCGCUGAGCGUCAUAAUACGGACAACAGAAAUUUCAUGUGACCUUCUGAACCCAGGAGUACAAUUGAAUACUAUUGUUUAUUAACAUAUUGCACUAUGAUCUGUAUUGUAUGCUUUAUUACAGAUAUCUAGUGGCUUAGAUUUACUACCCAAGAUCCUGUAGUGGUAGUAUCUUAUUGUUCUAAGUGUUAGCUCUCACCUAUUUUAUUUACAGAGGAGGGAUUGACCUAGUUAUGUGUGGGAGUGUCCUGGAUCUGAGAGCCAAUGUGAUUCUGUAUUUGGUGUACUCUCAGGUCCGGGGGUAGUGCCCGUUGCAUGGAGACUUGCAUAAAAUUCCAGUUGUGGCUACCAAUAAAUUAGUUCCUGCUUACCUCCAACAUAGUCUCAUCUCAUGUGUGGGGGAAAUGGCUGUAUCUGCUCUGAUGAUUGCUGUAUCACUAUAAUCCCUGGGAUUAUAAUCUCUUGCUCUCAUAAGAGCAGCCUGCUUUGCUCUCUUGACUAGGAAAGGUCUACCCGCUGGAUCCUGGUCUUGAGUCCAGGGUGGGUGAAGGACAGCAAGACCUCAACCAAGCUGUAACGCUGGAAGUGGGGACUACAGUGCUCUGGUGCAGUGCUUGUGGAACUCUGUAAGCAGCGAUUGGCGGAGGUACCCGGUUAGGGUUUCAGGCUGUCCACCACAGCCACACUAGAAGUAAUAAACUAAUGCUGUGCAGAAGUUCAAGGGGAAACGUGUCUGCAUUUAAAUUGAUAUUUAUUACCUCAUAACUUUCUAAAUUGCUAUGCCAUCCUUUUUCAUCAACUAUAGACACUUGCCUUUAUAGCUUUAUUUUUAGGGUGGACAAUACUUUGACCUGUUCAUUUAGUGUCCUAAGGCCAUUAUAAACAAUAUCAAGAAGUCCGGUAAAGGUAUUGUAUACCAAUUUACUUCAAUUCCAUAGUGUUCGGGAUGUUUGUCCUUUUGGUGAGAAAAGCUCUGUUCACAUUGGAACUCUGCCACUCAGUCUAUUUGCAAAGCCUUGUAAGCCAAUACAUAAAUGUUAUCUGAGAUGAGCUAACCUUGUCUUCUAUACAGACAUUCUUGUUUACUUUGUGAGUAAACAAAUGUAUAUGCAGAAAUGUCUUAACUGUUGGGGGUAAUAUUUUUACCUGCGUUAUAAGGGAUUUUGGCACAGUGUUCUCUACGGAAGCCAGAAUCUUGGAGAACUGAUAAGAGAAUUGCAUGAUGUCCACCUAGAAUUGGAAUCGUGCCGCCAAGGUCCCCUUUCCUCUGUAUGUUUAUAGCCUAGUGAUUCUAGCCCAGUGCAGAUAUCAAGUAUUGCUGUCAUACCCAAACGCUAGCUGAGACUUGGUGAAGAAGAAAUUAUUUAUUGGAACACUUGUCACACUUCUAUACCUGGGUCCUAAACAGGAGGUCCCCAGGAGAACAAGGACAUUGCGACAAACCCGGCGACUUGAUGUUUGUACUUGGACAGAUAAUUUAAAUAGCGGCCAGACGCCUGUUAACACUAAUACAUAAAAAACAGGGUUCCCGUGCCCACAUCCCCGCAAAGCUGUCUUUAGAGCACCCACUCUGUGCACAAAGUUUUCACCGGGCUGUAAUAGUCCUCUGAUCCGGCACAGAGUUCCGCCUCGCUAUCUGUUGGUACGUGGAGCUCUCUUGAGUCCUUGGUGUUAAUCGAUGCCUUGCCACCUCCUCUGUCACCCCUACAAAUGGCGCUCUGAUUGGUGGCUCUGGGAUCGAGACCACUGUCCACAAUGGUUUUUUUUUUUUUUGUUUGUUUUUUUGUUUAUUUUUUUACUAAUUUUAUUUUUCUUGCCUGCAGCAACUCUGGAAUAGCUGCCCAUUCGUCUUGAGUGGCUAAAUAAUAUUAACUUUCACCCUUUUUUUGCUGUAACUACUGGAGGGUUAACUUGGUCUUUCCAGCAUGACAAUGACCAUAAGCACAAGAGUGUCCGCCAAUUUGCAAUCAAUUUUCACAAGAUUCCCCAUGACUUUAGAGCUUGCACACCCUCAAAACCUUAUUGAGCCACCACCAUGCUUCACAGUGGGUAUGGUAUUCUUUUAACAAUAGGACUUGUUGACCUCUCUCCAAACAUAGCGCUUAUGGUUGUGACCAUAAAUCUCUCUAGUUUGGUAUUGUCACUCCAAAUUACAGUAUGAGCUGAGGCUUGUCAAGUUGUCAGGUAUAUUGUAACUGCGCUAUUUUGUGACAUAGGCGCAAUAAAGGCUUUCCUACUGGCAACUUGACCAUGCAGCACAUUUUUGUUAAAGUAUCAUCUUGUGCUCCUUGAAACAAUCACACCGUCUACUCUUUUCUUUUUUUUCUUUUUGAGCCGCUUGUAUUUCUCCAGAAGCUACAUGUGGGUUGUAUCUCGAACAGUUGUGGCUAUAAUCUUGCUUGGUAUCAAAAUCCCCCUGAACUUUCCACUUGAGUGAUUGAAAAGUACUUUUUUAAGCGAUGGCACAUGUGCCAUGCAUGGCACUCAAGGUUGUCAUAGCAAUACAGGCUCUGGCCUAUCAGGAGUUCAAGUAGUUCAAACUGAGCAGUGAUUUCAAGUGGUUAGGGACAAUCCUCAAGUUACGGAUGGCAGCACUUAGAGGAAGUUAUCUCAACUUCCUCCCAGUACUUAUGAAUAGGAAUCUGCACUGAAGUAGGGUAGCCUGCAACUGCUAUGGCAGCUCCUGCCUUUGACCUGUACCUGGCCAUCCUGGGCCCCAGGGAAGCUCACAUAGCUAGAUCUAUACAGAGCUGCCACCUACGCCCUCCACCUCAUACAAAUAACACAAUCAGUCCACACAAUCCCAACAGCACUGACAAUCCACAUACAUGCAAUACCACAAGAAGCUCCACAAAUACACGUGACAGAUCAUCCACAUAUUCAUAGUUAUCUUCCACAAUGCCACAAACUACUCAUGAACAUAUACAACAGUCUACAUAUACACAAAUACAAUAUAAAAAAUAUAGGACUGGCAUGCCAAGGGACUUCUAUAUUAUUGUAAGACUACAAAAUGUAGACGAGUGAUGGGCAAUAAAAACAGGGCGGUAGGUGCAGCGCUUCAGUAAUCCUUGACAAGGUGUAUGUGGCAAGAACCGGAGAAGAAAUAAUGGUGUAGUAUUUUAAAACUGUAUUUGUGAUGGGUAAGAUAAAAGAUGUGCACUCUCACUCUUCUGGAGCUUCAAUACAGCUUCAGUGUAUGUGCCUGGCUGGAAUAAUCCCUGCCUAUGGAUAAAGUGCAGAGGUAAUUCUUCGAAUUAUAGGUGGUGUAUGGGGUAUCCUCAUAAAAUUAAAAUAAAUCGUAUGUAGAGCUAUGAAGCAAGGGUAGGUAAAAACUAUAAAAUGUGAUGGGCAAUAUUUCAAUGAAACCCUUUUCCUGAUGUGGUGUCCCUCAUUUGAGGCCAGCUGUACUUCUGUCUUCCAUUCUUUGUUUCAUCUGGGCAUCAAGAGGACCUAUGUGCAUGUGGCAGAUCUUUGGCUUUUUUUUUUUAUUAUGUGGUGGUGGUGUGUGUGUGUGUGUGUUUAUUUAUUUAUUUUUUUUCUCUUCUGUUUAUCUCUGCUUUCAAAUUUCAUAGCUAGUGUACAAAUUGCAGUGUACCCUACCUACCAACAUUCCCUCUUUUUGCAAGCCAACUUCUUUCUGAGUAAGUGUUUAGCCAGAUGGAGUUAUGCUGCUGAACUUUUAAGCAGUCUUCCUUUUAAAGAUUCUCUCUGAUCAAAGAUCUGGCUAAACUGGAAAUCUUCUUAGUCAAAUACCCAAAAGACUUCUGAGACCUAAAAAAAAAAAAAACGAAAAUUUUUUAUUUUAUUUAUUUCUUUGCCCAAGGAAACAAACUGUUGCCUUUUUGUUUUGUUUUUUUCUUCUUCUUCUUCUUCUAAUAUUGGUAUUUGAGGGGGAGUUCCCACUAUUUACAUCUUAUAGUACUCUUCUCGGACUGGCUCUUCUCAAUAGCUGUCCUUUCUAUUUCCUCCUGCAGAUCAGCUUUCUCUCACUCUAUGUACACACAUAAUAUAGUCCACUUUGUCUUCCUGUUUCCAUAGCUUGUUAAAGCACCAGCUUUAGUACAUGAUGUGGGUUUCAGGUGAUCUACCUGACAGAAAUAGAUCUGCCUUUCAUCAUACAGAAGCAGAUUUGAGUACCAUUUUGCCUGCUGAUAUAACAUUUGUCAGUACUGCAUAAUUGCUUAUGCCCUUUUGUCUCCUUGUGGGAAACUGUAGAAUAUCAUUUUAUUCUAACAUUCUAAAUAUUAUAUAUAUUUUUUUUUAAAUCAAAACUGUAUUUCAGGACUUCUGUUAUCAAACAUAUUGGAUCUUUUCUUCACCCUGACCUAUUUUGAAAUGGCAUCACUCACACCAUUCUAGUGUCUGUAGCCAAAACCCUUUGCAGCUGUUGCAAUGUAGCAAAACUUGGACACUAUGCCUAUGUCCUAUUUGUUAGGCUGAGGACAAAGGUUGGGCAUUUCUUAAUUGCAUUUACUUGUGUUUCUUUUCUUACAGGUUUUGUAUGUGGCCGGGGCCACUUGUCUGUUUAUAGAAAACCAGGGCAUUUUGAAACCUACGUUCUAAGAAAGAUCCCACUUAGAAACUUUUCUGCAACGCCUGUGUGUUUCACAUCUAAAGAUGGUGCCAGCAAAGAUGGCUCUGGAGAUGGAAAUAAGGUAAGGUGUAGAAGGGUAAAGAAUCAAAAUAUGAAAAUCAAUAACCGGAAUAAAGCCUCCGUACAGAAAGAUAAAUUGGGACACAAUGUCUCCUUGCCCUUUAAUCAGGGUCAAGUUGAUAUUGAGUGCUGGUGAACUGGUCUAGAUAGUGAUGACUAACAACCAUGGCUGCCUUUGGUGUUUGAGUAAAGUAGAUGGUGACAUUGAGUGGCAAGGGUAUGGAAUUUAUUUAAAAAUGUCAAAGGGAUCAAAGUGGUAGCUUGAGCCUCAGUCAAGAGUUCUGGACAUUGACAGGGUUAUUUGCUGAACUGAAAUUUCCUUAAAAUCCAAAAGGAAUAUUAAGGCAAAAAUAGCUAAUCUAGAAGGAAAUUCUAGAAUUCUUCUAUAGUCACAACAUGGCUUUUGCCUCCAUUUUGCCAUUUGUAUUUAUUUUGCAAAAAUCUGGAGUCUUGUGUUUUAUCCUCUGCCAUCACCUAGGCUUUGUAGUGUGUGUGUGUGUGUGUGUGUGUGUGCGCUUGCUGUGUUAUCUGUGAAUCGGAUAAAGAGUACGGAUUGUGUUUGGUAGCUAGCUGUAUGUUGUGGGUGGGGUGUGCUGGCUAUAUGGAAUGUGUGGGAAUAAAUAAAUUACACAUUCUCUGACACUCACAUCCAGCACAGAUUACCAGCAGCUGCCUUGAUAUGGUCGUGUGCUGCCACUACCAUGUGGUCUCUGCUAAUUUAACCACUUUUCGAACGCUAGGAUGUGACUUCUUGCUGUAUCCCAGCAGUCAUCAGUUCUGAGGAGCUGCUGAUGUGUCGCAUCCCCCUCGCCUUCAUACAGCGUGGCCGCAUCCAAUUGCUGCGGUCACGCUCUUAAGAAUAACUUAACUGAGGCGAGUAAGCUUGCCAUUCAGCACCCACGUGAAGUGAUCCCUGACCGGUGUGGCGUUAUAAUGAAUGCUGGCCGCUGCGGUCCCACAAAACAAUAUAGCCCUGCCUCCGUCAUAAAAGAUGGCACCAAUAUGCGUGUGACGUACGCACGCACGUUUUAGGGUCAAAGGCUAUGUACAACCAAUCAUAACCUUAGGAGGGUUAUUUAAACUCAAAAUAGCAUUUAGUCAGUGUCCUGUCGUGGUUUCCACUAGUUGGUUGUCAGAGUGCGUUCUUGUUUAUAGUUCUUUUUAGCAUUUGACUUUGGCUUGUAUUUUGACUUUCCCUUAUUUCUGGUAUCCUUGACAUUUGACUUGCUUCCUCGUUGUCUCUUUCUGUGUCCCUGACCUCGGCUAGUAUUUUGACCGUUCUUUGUUACGUUAAGUCUGGCCAUUCUAAGGCCGGUAUACGUUGUCCUUGUUCAUUGUGUAUCAUAAUUCUGCGUAUUGUCAUAUAGUAAUUGUGACAUGAUGCUUAUCACACCUGUCUGUAAGCUGCAGCCUUCUAUGGCAUUUGCAGGUGGGCCAGCCUGGCUGUCUACCAGCCAGAUAUGCACUUCCUGCCGCACACCAGUUCUCCCCAAGGAAAGCCCUGCCAUUUGCCUGUGGCAGGGCUAAAAUUUUAUAAAUUCCAGUGACUUGAACUGCAUGUCCUGGAUUUCACAUGAUUGGAGGAGGCACAGAAAGUGAGAGUGUGAUUGGUAGAGACCUGGGGAGUGAGCGUACUUGUAUGUAUAUUUAAUUUUUCUUUACAUUUGUCUAGAAAAAAAUGUAAUAUUUAUUUGAAUCACAGUUCUUUAGCUUUUAUAUGCAUUUAUUUUAUAUGUUUUAAAUAUGAUUUGCAUGGUGUGUAAUUUGGUCACUUGGUGAGAAAGAUUAAAACAUUUUUUGUGUCUGAAUAUACUAUGUUUUAAAUGUGCAUUCUGGCAAAAAUAACCAUGAUACACCCUACAUAUGUAUUCUUUAUAGAAGAAGAAGAAUUUUAGUUCUGUACGUUUCAAGUCUUCAGUGUGUGUAUGUGUUUCAAAGAACACAUUUGACCACCGUAUAUUAAGGAUACAAAAAUUCACCUUAAAGGAGCACUAUAGGGUCAGGAACACAAAUGUAUUCAAGUCUGCAGCUCCUGGCUUUGUUCCUGUUUCAUUUAGACCUGCCUGCUGAUCAUCAGAAGUGGUAGCCUGAUCCAAUCACUGUGCUUCCACAUAGGAUUUGCUGAGACUGACAAAGAGGCAGAUCAGGGGCAGAGCCAAUAUGAUUCAAACACAGCCCUGGCCAAUCAGCAUCUCCUCAUAGAGAUGAAUUGAAUCAAUGAAUCUCUACGAGGAAAGUUCAGUGUCUGCAUGCCGAGGGGGGAGACACUGAAUGUUUGGAUGCGUUUUAGGCAGCCAUGACCCAGGAAGGAUAUGUAAAAGCUAUCUAAGGAGUGGCCAGUGAAGUUAUCACUAGGCUGUAAUGUAAACACUGCAUUUUCUCUGAAAAGACAGUGUUUACAGCAAAAAGCCUGAAGGUAAUGAUUCUACUCACCAAAACAAAUUCAAUAAGCUUUAGUUGUUCUGGUGACUAUAGUGUCCUUUAAUACAGACCUUUAUCAACAUGUAUAUAAACUUUUUUAAUAAAAAGGUCACAGACCAUGGCACAAACCAGGCCAAGUUGUUUGCAUGUUUAAAUUUAUAAUGAGCUGUUCACUCUUGGUUACAUCGGAUACAAAUUGAUUAGAAACCAAACCUCUGCAUAGAGUAUACUUUAGAUUUUAUAAUAUUUAAAAUAUAAAUUUCUUGUGGUAUGAUACUUUUUUAAACAUGGUUUUUAUUGUUGAAACCAUUUAUAACUUUUUAUAACAUUUUGUUUUUCAGAAAUCUGUGUCAGAGGGUGGAAGUAAAAAAUCCUCAGGGGGUUCUGGUAAAGGUGGGAAUCAACUGCGUUGUCCAAAAUGUGGAGACUUAUGCACCCAUGUGGAGACUUUUGUCUGUAAGUGUCAUGAUCACUUUUCUUUAGGUUGGAUGACUGCCAAAGACAUGCCUAUGCUCAGGCAAGCGUGUGGCUGAACAUUUUGAUCCGAUUUCCCCAUUUGAUAUCUUGCAGCAUCUACACGAUUUGUGAAAUGUGAAAAAUGCCAUCACUUCUUUGUUGUACUUUCGGAAUCUGAUUCCAAGAAGACAAUGAACAAGGAACCAGAGACUGCUGCUGAAGCUGUAAAACUGGCAUUUCAGCAGAAACCACCACCUCCUCCAAAGAAGGUUUAUAUAUCCAUAUAACUAAUUAUCUCACUCUUGUAUGAAUAGAAUGCAAAGUGUAUUUUAUUUCACUCGACGCCCAUCAAUGCAAUCUGGACUUCCAAUUAAGAUGUCUAGUUAGGUUUUCUUUGUAGAAAACUGUCAUAAAUGCAGACACAAGACUUACAAUUCUGUAAGAUCUGAGAUUGUGUUGCUGCUCUCUUAAGCAAUAUUUUGUUUCAGCAUUAAAUAUGGAAAAUACUUUCUAUAUGAACUCCAUAGGUGUAUCUCAACUAGCAAUCUUUGAAUCUUUGAGAUCAGUCCUUGUAUUGACUUAAAACAAUGGCAUACUGUUGGGGUUUUAUUUUUUUAUUUUUUUUUAUUUAUUUUUUUAUUGAACUACAUAAUUUCAGAUACAUUGCUAGUACUAGCAAUGUGGGUAUACUGUAUAGACUAGGGAGGUGGCAGGUAGAAGGAUAAGAAUAAAGGAAAACAUUUAUCAUUUAUAUAUGUAUAAAUUUGUUUCAGGAGUUAAUAAGCAUCAUUUUUUAUUGUAGCAGAGUUUUAGAAUGGUAUCUUACUUGUACCUUAAAAUUGUAAUGGUUUCUUCAUAUAAAUGUUAUUAUCAAGUCCCUCGUUAUCACAAACUAGUAAUGACUGACUAUAUGCAGUCUGACGUUAAUAAUAAAAACUUUUUUUUUUGUUUUUUGCAUUUUAAAAGUCUGUCAUAACUGAAUCUCCUCCAUUGUAACAUUUCUUUCAGAUCUACAACUACCUCGAUAAAUAUGUGGUGGGUCAGUCUUUUGCAAAAAAAGUGCUAGCUGUUGCCGUUUACAAUCAUUAUAAGCGGAUAUACAAUAACAUCCCAGCAAACAUCCGGCAGCAAGCAGAGGUGGAAAAACAAGCAUCCUUAACCCCAAGAGGUGAGUCUGAUAGUUUGAUUUCCAUGGUACCAUUAUCUGUAACAAGCAAUGUGGGGGAAAAAAACACAUGUUGACUGGCGCACUCCUCCAUUAAAUAGAUGUUAGAUGUACAAAAUGCACCUUCUCUGUAUAUAAAGUAGAAGAUUAAUUACCUGCAGUCCAUCUGGUAUGUGGCCAUUUUUUUGCAUCCUUAAAUUCAAGAUUCAGACUUGUAUGUUUCUUUUCCAAACUGGUGCCAGUAUGUGUACAAUCCCACUAGAUCACUGUAUCAUGUAAUUCAGUAUGCAUUUGCUUCUACUGUUCAUCUGUAUUUAAGUCAUACUUUUUGAGAAAUGUAUGCAGUUUACACACAAGUCAGUGGCAAUAAAACAUAAAAUAAAAAAAGUGUAUGUAGUUGAUAACCGAGCAGGAAGAAAUUCAAAUGCUGUUCUAUUAUAAAACAAAUAAAAAUGUUGUUUUGAGUUAAAGCUAUUUACAUUGCAUAAUCAAAAGAUCUUGACAUUUGCAUUCAAACUGUUAUCUGCGAUGCUAAAAAGUCUGGCUUUUUUUGUAAAUUGUGUGGGUUUUUUUUUUUUUUUUUUAUGUAAGCUGUACUUAUAGGGGCAAUCUCGGCACCAUAACCACUGUAAAAUAUAAAUAUAAAUAAAUAAAAAAAAUAAAUAUAUAUAUAUAUAUAUAUAUAUAUAUAAAUUUUUUUUUUUUUUUGAGGUUUUACAAAAAACAGGCUUUCAACUGGCACAUGUGGCUUAUUAUAUCCAUUGCUAUAUUUUGGCUUUUUGGCACCAUAACCUCUCCAGUGAGUUGCGGAGGUUAUGGUGCUUAGACUGCUUUUUAAAAAUAUAUUUUAAUGUAAAUUAAGUUAUAUUAAAGACAAAACUUUUCUGCAUUUCAAACUGACAUUGACUAUUUCAAAAUGCAUAGAAGUCAUAUAUAUGUCUUGGAGCAAUGUUUUUCUUUUAAAAAAAUAUAUAUUAUAUUUCUCAUAAUUUGUGAAAGGGAUUUUGUGUGUGUGUGUGUGUGUGUGUGUGUGUGUGUGUGUAUAUAUAAUGAAACCUGGAAGGUGGGGCCAUUUUGGUCAUGAAUAUAUUUCUGUAAGAAGUCCUCACAGAUGGUGAUACACUAUUGAUGCUCUUAUUCUAUUGAAAUGGGAUAUUGAGGAAAGUGUUAAGAGCGUUAAACCCCCUUUCUCAUUGAUGGUCCUUGGAUAAUGUGAGCCCUAGAUUUUCUCGAAUAGAACUUCAGUUGUAUAAUCCACGUCAUACCAGUAUAAACUUUCUGUGCAUGUUCACUUCUCUCUUGUAACAAAUUAACAUUUGUCCUUGCUUACGAUGACCUUAUAAUAGUAUUGGCAGGAUAGUGUUGCUGUAUGUUGAAAUCGGGAAGGGAGCAACGUAGCAGAAAUAAAGGAAAUCUGAGAACAGUAAUUCUGAAACCGCGUUUAAAGGGGCACUCCAAGCUGGAGCUGAACCCCUGUAUGUUUAACACAUUUAAAUAUGAUGUAUUUAAAUUGCAACUUUUCAAUAAAAGAAAAAGAAAACAUCCUUGAUUAUUCCCAUCUUGCGUGAUCUGUCAAACUUUUCACAUGGUGGCACUUUUAUACAUUUUCCCCUAAUGUUUCUGGUCAGCUUUUCAUAUCUCUCUCCCUUUGGGAACUUUUAACUUGGCAUGUCAAACUGAGGUUUUAUAUAUGUUACUACUGCCAAGUAACUGAAGUUUCCCUUUAAGUUUAAUGUCAUUUCUACAUAUACCAUGUUCAGAUCUUAUUCUCUCCACCCUACUUUGAAUAAUUACAGUGAGUUGUAUGACCUCUACUAAUAGCCCAGCCUUUUAAAACGUCAUAGGAUAAUAACCACCUUUCUCAGCUCACUGUCUUACAUCAAGAUUUGUAAUGAAACCUGAUUAUCAACCACUUAACCAAUCCUCCCUUUCUUACAGCUGUGAAAUGUGGUUUCGUUUCAGUUGGGGAUGUGGUUCUUUCUUUGUAGGAUCCUUCCUCCUCCCCCAGAUACUGAUUUUUAAAUCUGUUUUAUUGUAUUUCUUUAUCUUUAAAUAAGGAGAGAAACUUUGCUCUUUUCCUAUAUUUGAUUGUAUACUUUUAAAGUAGACCUGUCCUCAAGACAACUGCAGCUUAAGUUAAAGCUGCAAUGCUAGCAAAUCUAUAAUUUUUUAACUUUGUGUUCACUACACCACUAAUCAUUCCAUGGCAAUACAGCUGUGUACCAAGAGGGUCUAAGUUGAGAAUUGAGUGAUCAGGAACAGCAAGAGAUCCCUUCCCCACGCAUUUCUCUGCUGUUAUUGUGCUACUCAGCAAGUGUUUCUCAUAUAUGCCACGGCAGCAGUGUAAUACCCAUAGUCCCUCUGGGAUUGGUGACCUUGAAGAAAGGAGUAGCAGGUAAGUAACACUUCAGCAGUUCCAAAUCAAUAUAUCAUUUUUCGUCCAUAUUGUGUUCUUUAGGAGCCGGUUUAGCUCCUAAAUAACACAAUAUGAAAGAUAAAUUAUAUAUUGAUUUGGAACUGUUGAAAUGAUCUACCCAUACCAUAUUCAUGUUGAAACUUAAGUAUGUUUUUGAUUUUGGGGGGGAGGGGUUGUGUGUGGCUUUACAUGUACAUAAACAUUCCAGUGUAUGCGGGAUGGAAUUGCUUAACCCCUUAAGGACACAACUUCUGGAAUAAAAGGGAAUCAUGACGGAAUAUUUCCGUCAUGUGUCCUUAAGGGGCUAAAGGGGAAACCAUCAGUUUCCUGGAAUUUACACCAUAGUAUAAGAUGUUUAAAACCACAUCUGACAUCUAAACCAUUUUCAUGUGGUGGUCAGUUUUUCUAUUAAAGAUUUAGCAAUUGACAGGCACAGGUAGGUCAUGCAGUGAAUUGGACAAGGAGCAAUAAACAUUGUAUGUUUCCACAUAUGACCUUUUUUAGAAAGGGAUAGAACCUCAAACAGUGAGUGACCGGCAUCCUCUCGGGUUGCUCUUUAAAACUGCGUUGUAUGAUCAAUAAUGGUCACAAUGUGUUGGGCUCAUUAGGUGGUGUGAAAUGGAAGCUCAUUAGAGGAAUAAAAUGGUCAAUUUUUAUUGUGUAUUUGUUUUCCCCAGCAAUCUAGUAGAUGUACCCCAAUUAAAGCAUUAAUUUAAUUAUGUAUUUUGAUUUCAUUGGGGUAUAUCUAAAUACAGCAUUCAAAAUCUGCAGUCUUUGCAAGCCCAGCCCAGACUUUUUGCAGCUCAAUGAGAAGUCUUUGCAAAAUCUAAGGUUUGAACAAGUGCUGUUGCUUGAGUUUAGCUCCACUGAGCUGAACAAAUCCGGAUGUAACAAGACUACUUGUCUGACAGCCAGAUGGGUGCAUAAAGGCAUAUUUGUGAGUGGCGCUUUCUAUUGAAAUCUGCAAAAAACAAAUUUCUUAAUUUUUUUUUUUUUUUAACGGGGGUGGCGCACACUUUUCACACACAACACUAAAGCAAGCUAAAGUUAGUUAUAAGUGUGUGGGGUGUCCCUUUAAAACUUAUACUGUGCAGAUUAAAAAAAAUAAAUGGUAUGGCAACAUUGACGAGUUCUUCAGUCUUUCUAAAUAAACUAGUAGUAAAUGCAACCCUUUUGUCCAAUUAAUCAGAUUUGUAAAAGUUAAGAUAUCCUAGAAAGCUGGUCUUAAACUGAAUUAAGUAUAGGUACUGCUUUUUAUUUAUUUUUUAUUUAUUUAUUUAUUUUUGCUUUGCUGAGAACUAAUGCUUUGCUCUAAACUGUGCUAUUCAAACAGCCAUUUAGAUCCUGGCAGUAUUUAAAUUGCUUAACUAGCUCUGUCAGACUGGCACCAUGGAUGUAUUAUGAUAGAUCCACUCUUUAACAUCUGUUAAUGCAUACACUAAGCUUUAACCAGAACGCUUUUUCAAUGGUCCUGACACAUGCAGGCACACAAACAAAUAUAUAUAUAUAUUUUUUUUUUUUAGUUCUUAAGCAGGUGGCUCAUUAUCUCUUAAUGUUAUUGUUUCAAUCCCUCUUUGUAGAGUUAGAGAUGAGAAGACGGGAGGAUGAGUACAGAUUUACAAGUAAGUGGUCUCUCAUCUAGCAUCCUUGAACAUGCCAUACUUAUUAGGGAAAAUUGUUCUAUGACUUGACUUAUCAGUCCUUCUAGAAUACAACUGAUUGGAACUGCAUACCUGAUAAGCUUGUUUUACAGGUGCAGGCCAUAUUUACUGUAUGUGGACUUAACCCUUGUUCUGGCAUAUAAUCUUAGAGCAUUAGCAAUGCAAGGGAGUUUGUUUAUUCAUUGGCCCAAUAACAUAGCUCUAGAGGGUUUGUUCUAUUUUAGAUCUAAGCACCCCUUGUUUUUGUAAGUCAGCUCUCCUGUAAUCGAUCCUCUGAUGGUAUCUCCAUGCUGCAGCUCCUCUCUGCCCCUGCAGAUUAUCAAUACUGAUGAUCUCUCUGCCAAUAGAAUGCUUCUCAUAGAGUAGCAAUAAAAUCGAUAAUUAUUUAAGAAAUACUCACUAUAACUUUAAAUGCUUCACAGAGCGAGUGUGUAGGAAACAUUCCAGGCUAUCUGACAGCAUGUAACAGUGUAACUUUUACCAAAUUCUCUUAAAAUGGUCACUCUUAUAAAAUAGGACAGUGGAUAUUCAAUUAAUCCUGAAAUACUGCCUUACAUAUAUCAUGCAUGUGCCCCAGAGUUUUGACUUUUGAAGUAGUAUGUAUUGUAUAGCCUUCAAGGUAAUGAAGGGAGUUUGUGGUUUGUUUUGUUUUUUGACACACUUGAAGACUGCAUCAGUAAUACUGGGAGAACUGGAAGGUGUUCUAAAAUUUUAUGGCAGUUAUUGUAAUUUUAGAUGGUGUUCAUGCAGUUUUAUCCUUUUUAAAUAUCUUCAGUCAGAGAUGACUACUGGGCUACUAUGUGGGUUUUCUGUCCCAUUGAAAACCUGCAUUAUGACAAUAAGCAAUGGAAAAGUAAAACUGUCAGUUUUACAAUGAAGGGUCAUAGCCAAGCUGGUUUUAAAUCAUGUGACUGCAUCUCUACACAACUCCAUGUCUGUGUAGUAACACAGGAAACCUUUUCGGUAUCUACUCAGUUAAUUUUUUUUUUUUUUUAAAUUUUUUUUUUUCAUGCUUUUGAAUUUAGCCCCAGAAAUGCCAUUAACUUCUAACUUUAUUGCAAACCGUACAGACUAACUUUACAAAUCUAUUUACACCAAUCCUUUGUCAGGAGCACACGUCAAUCACCCUUGUGCUUGCUGCAUGCUGCUACGAACUAAAAUGGCCAUGCUCUGUGAAGGUUUAAUAGGGAACUGUUACUUUUGGAUAUUCCACCAAAAAAUUAAAUCCUUUUGAAAAUACCCCAUAACUUCUGUAGACAUUGUUUCUAUUUAAUCUCUUCUGCAAUCUGUGUGAUGCCAGAAAAGAAUAACCGUUUCUAACAAUGAUUGACAAUGAGCCAUAGUGGAGGAGCCCAUUACAAGAUAUAUGUAAAUACCGCUUUUUUACUUUCUAAAUUUGUUUGCUAAAUACAGGGUAUACCUAAUCCUAUAUAAAAUCCUGGGUAGUGACUAUUGACCUUUUAUACGUUCCUUAGUAAAAAUCGAUAUUUAGUACGGUAGUAAUUGUUUAUUUUUGUAUGUGUUUUAGCUAGAGAAGCACUAGAGGAACGCUAUAACGUUGGAAAUACAAAUGUGUAUUCUUAGCAUUAUAGUGCCCUCUUAAUUGUUUAGGUCACAGUCUCCCCCUGUAAGUCAUAAAAAUGCCUUUUCUCCCUCGCAGUGGUAGUCUCUCUGCUGCUAUCCCACAUCUCCUUGGCUGAGAUCCAGAGAGCUCUCAGCCAACCCAUGAUUUCCCAUAGGAAAGCAUUGGGAGGCUAGUGUGCAUGCAUAGCAAAAUGCUGCCCUGCUUCAAUCAGAUGUCUGAGUCAGCCUGAUACACGACUGAGUUUCACUUGGCUAUUUCUGCAGAAGUGCCUCUAGUGGCUGGCUGUAUGACAGCCACUAGAAGCAACUAAAACCUGCAACCUAAUUGUGUUCCUGCAGAACGGCACUGUUUUAAAUUGCAGGCUUGAACAGACAGGGAAAUGGGGAAAAAAACAAGUAGCAAGAGAGGUGAGCAUAGACAACAGCUCAAUUAGCCUGUCCUUUUGUGGGUCCCCGUUCAGAUCUCAAGCUGGUUUUAGCUCCUCUUGUGCCAUUAUGGGUGGGACCAGUCUGAUAUGAUUCAGAUAUGUUAUCUCUGUAAUGGCACAAGAUGAGCUAAAACCAGCUUGAGAUCUGAGCGGGGACCCACCGAAGGGCAGGCUAAUUGAGCUGUUGUCCGUUCUCACUCUCUUGCUACUUGUUUGUUCUAGAUUUGCUAUUUCUGCAUUGAACAAACUUGUGUCCUGAUAUUUAUAAGUAUUAAUGGAUGGAGGACUCUAUUUAAACAAAAUACCUCUUCUGGGUGAUUUGCAAGUCACUGAGAGAUUGUGCAACUAAAUGACAGGAGACUGUCUGGUUUGUGCAACAUGAGAUUGCUCCACAACAUAAGUAAAUAUGCAACUUAAUGGAUGCAGCAGAAGACCUAUAGCCAAAUUUGUUGUGUGCUGAGUCAUGCAUGGUAACAAAAAAUAGCCAUGUUUAUUUGUUGAUCAACAUACCAGCACUCACAGCAGAAACUUUUCGACACAGCGGUAAGGUGUUUAUCAAGUCCUAAAGUGAUAUCAAACAUGGUGCAAUUAAAUUACAGUGCAAAUCAAUCAUGUGAUAGAGGUAUGACCUCAUAGAAGCAGCCAUAUUAUGUCUACAAUAUUUAAAGCGAUCUUGACUAUAUGCAUUCUCACUUAAAAAGAAAUAUAAAAAAAAAAAAACUUUCGCACAUUGUCACUUCAAAUAUUGUAAUAUGUAAGCAAGUUCCUUGCAAGUUGAUGUCUUUAAACCAAUACAGGAAGCACUUUUAGAUGAUAAUGCACAAUUAAUAUUACAAAAAACAAAACCUUAUUGUAUUCUGAUGAGUAUAAUCAUUGCCUUCAGGCUUUUUGCUGUCAACACUUUUAUUAUUUUUUUUCAGUAAAAAUGCAGUAUUUACAUUAUAGCCUAGGGAUAAAGCUAGUGGCCACUCCUCAGAUGGCUACUAGAGGUGCAGCACUGCCAUUCAAUGUCUCCACCCUCUGCAUGGAGACACUGAGCUUUUCUCAUAGAGAUGCAUUGAUUCAAUGGAUCUCUGAGGAGAUGCUGUUUGGCUUGUGCUUGCUCUGCUACCUUGACAUCUCUAUUGGACAGCAUUGUGAUUAGUUCAGAGAAUCACUUAUGAUUGUCCGCCAAGCAGGCAGAUCAAGGGCAGAAGCUGCAGACUUGAAUACAGGUAAGAUUUUACCAUAUUUAGGGGAGCAAGAAGGGGCUAGAUGGUAGUUUUUAACACUAUAGGGUCACAAGUACAUGUUUUGUAUGACUCUGUAGUGUUCGUUUAAAUAUAAUCUGUAGGUACUUGGUAGAUAUUCCACAAUUGUGUAAAAUUACAUUGCCACCACAAACUUUUUAUAACACUAGGUCAGGAAUACAUGUUUGAUUAAUUAAAAGCAGACUUAAUUGACCAUGCAUAAACUGUUAAGGAUGAAGUGUUCAGCAGAAUUUUUAUCUUUUUUUUUUAUGUAAAGACUAAAAAUUCAUGUAAUUUUAUAGCAAUAUGUAAUUAAUACACAAUAUGGUAGACAUUUAAUCAAAUUUUACAUGAAGUGAUUUCCUAAAUAAAGAUAAAUUGUAUUUACUGUACAAUAAAUCAUAGUAAAUUGACUAGUUCCAAUUCUGAAUUCAGUCUUAAAGAGGCUAAAGCUUGAAGGAUCUCCUUCUUUCCUGAAUUUUAUCAAAGUCCCUAUUGGAGCAUUUUGCAUAGUGUUCUGAUAAACUGUGUUUACCAAACUUGUUUUAUAUUCACAUGUUCACUGUCUGACUUUAACAUUCUUUUAGUUUGUCCCACAUAUUGCAAACCACUAGGACAACGAAUUAAAGAAACAACUUGUUUAGUAUGACCGGUAUUAAAGGGACACUCCACUGCCCAAAUAAAAAUCACCUUUUAUGAGAUAUACUUUAAAUGAAAACAUGCAUGAAUUUUAAUUAUGUAUUUAAAAAAAAAAAAAAUCUUUUGUGAUUUGGGAGGGUAAAUUAUCUGUAACUAAAAACGGGUCUGUUUUAAUCAGUUUUGUUUGUGGUCCCUAUAAUCAAUUUGGACUUGACUGAAUGCCACAUAACAUUUUUUAGGUCAAAGUAACACGGGAAUAUAGAUGUGUACAGGUCUCAAACUUUCUCUCUUCUGUCCCUUUACUAUGCAUGUAGGAAAAGGGGUGUGUUUAAAUCUUUUUUAUCUAGUUUUAAAGUGCCUCACUGUGACAAAACAUGGUUACAUAAACUUCAGGCUUGGGUUUUACAUCCAAAUGAUCUGUACGUCUCCUGGUGCUGGCUGUUUACUUAAAAAUGUUUCAAUGCAAAAUUAAUGCAUAUGUUCAGCAACAAAUUUUCUUUCGUGCCUAUUGAAUGUGCGUUAGUGUAGUCUAAAGUCAUGCCUCCCAGGUCAGGGAAUUUCUGAAAUAAUAUUGAUUUUUGACUUCAUUGGGAUUAUUUUGCGCCAGCCUACUCAUCUGUCAUUACCGUCUUUGCUACAUUGUUAUAACUCUUGAAAUUUGUUUGGUACGGACUUGGUCCGAGAACCCGAGUUGUGGUUUGUGUGUUUUUCUUCAUCGUUCCGUCUUCUUUCUAAUCAGAACUGCUGCAGAUUGCUGGAAUCAAUCCACAUGGAAAUGCCUUGGGAGCAUCCAUGCAGCAGCAAGUAAACCAGCAGAUGCCACAGGAGAGGAGAGGGGGUGAAGUGUUGGAUUCAAACAAUGAUGACAUUAAGCUGGAGAAAAGCAACAUCCUGCUGCUGGGUCCUACAGGCUCUGGUAUGAUAAAAUAUGCUCAUUCUUCCCAACAGUAAUAGCAACUACUGCAUUUUCAGAAGGACAAAUUGGUUAAUAAUACUUUGAUCUAACAUCCUGUACAAAAAUGUUCCUCCUUGUAUGGAAUUACAGCCACGAGAGCAAUAUAAUCUGCAAGUCUAUCUUGGCCUUCCUGCAUUUUUCAAGUCAUAAAGUGAUAUCAAGUUCUUUUAAAUGGUUACGUGUAAAACAGAAAAUCACAAUUUACAUUCUGCUAAAAUUAACAAUGUAGUUAUUUGGUCAAAUGCUUGUCCAGUACAUCUGAACUCUGAUCUAGUUGAUCCUUAGGUGAAACCUUUAAGUUUGGUGUCUUGCAUAUUCUUGACCUAUUUUGCUCUGACUCCCAGGUAAAACUCUACUGGCACAGACUCUUGCAAAAUGCUUGGAUGUUCCCUUUGCUAUAUGUGACUGUACCACACUGACCCAAGCUGGGUAUGUUGGAGAAGAUAUUGAGUCUGUGGUUGCCAAAUUGCUUCAGGAUGCUAACUAUAAUGUGGAAAAGGCACAACAAGGUAUGUGGUGUUUUCUGCUUUAAUUUGUGGUUGUUUAAAACCACAAAUGUGCAGCUUUUAGAUAUCAAGUAGUAUGGAAGAGUCCCAUUAUGCUAGUUAUCGGUCCUUUUAUCCUUUAGGUCAAGAUAUACAAUCCUCUUGUUCAUUCCUGAAUUUGACAUUGGCAUGUAAUGCAAAUAAUUUGACAUUAUAGUGUGGCACAUGCAAAUAGAACCAGAUACUUUGCAAUUGUGCUAGACGUUGAAAGAUUGGAAUAUGCAGUUUUGUGAAUGAGCUUUAUCUUAUUUAAUGACUCUAAAGCGUUUAAGAUCUGGCUUCCAGCUGCUUUUGUGCUGUCGCCCAUGAUGGAAGUUUUAUUCAAAGGAAACUCUCCAAAGUCUAGUUGUCGCUAGUGUCCAUGUUUUGUGCUUGCAGGAAUCGUAUUUCUGGAUGAGGUUGACAAGAUAGGCAGCGUCCCAGGCAUCCAUCAGCUGAGAGAUGUUGGCGGUGAAGGAGUUCAGCAAGUAUGUAUGAAUAACUUGUUUUAAAGCUGCCUUGUUAAUAUUAGACCAGUGUGUUUUUAUUUAUUUUUAAAAAAACCUAGUUCUAUACAUUUCCACUCUUAGGAGUGUCCGCGUCCAGAAUUCUGGAGAGAAAACUAAUACUUUUGUCAUGCAAGACACAUUCACUUUUCUUGAUGGUGAGAGCCCACAAGUCAUGACGUAUGAGUCCCUCACCACUGGUGGAGGUAGAAAGGCCCAUGGUGCAAUGCUUCCACACAUUCCUUCCUCUAGCCCCUUCCCUACAAUCAGUUUGGAUACAGCCAUGUGGACGAGGAACAGUAGGAAGAAAAAAUAAGUCAAGCAGGCCAGUUGAAGCACACACCAAAGCACAAGCACCCAAUGAAGAGAAGGGUGUGUUGAUUUGCCAUCUCCUCUGAUUUGAGAGGGCUUUAAUCCCAUGUGUCAUGACUUGUGGACUGUCACCAUCCAAGGAAUGAAGUAUGUGUGCAAUUUACUGUGGAAACUUGGUGUUUGUUUAUGUGGGACAUUUUAGGGAAACUUGGUGUCUUGGUAACAGACAUUUUUAAUGGUAGAGUUUUCUUUGCUCUGUCAAAACUACCGUCUGAAACACACUCAUUGAAAGUCUUUCCCAAGCGUCUGACGUUCAUGAGCAGGAAGAAUAAUGGAAUAGGUAUACUUAAAGAGCUUGAAAUAAGUAUUGUAUAAAAACACUUUAUUGCUAUGAUUUGACAACCAUAUUCAAAAACUUUCAUUUGGUGUGAAUACACCAUAGAAUACAUGCUUAGCUGCACUUAUUUAAACAAAUUAUGCUAUGUAUAUUUUCAGGGUUUGUUGAAGCUUCUAGAGGGCACAAUUGUCAAUGUCCCAGAAAAAAAUUCAAGAAAACUACGUGGCGAAACUGUUCAAGUUGACACAACAAACAUCCUCUUUGUGGCAUCAGGAGCAUUCAAUGGCCUCGACAGGAUCAUCAGCAGAAGGAAAAAUGAGAAGGUUUGUUUUGUAUCCUAGUUUUAUUUUAUUGUGUUGCUUUCUUCCUGUGGAUUAGCAAAGUAAUGUUAGGUCUUACGGCAAAUGUUCCCAUUAUUCGUGUUACUACUGCUUCUGCGGAGAUCUUAGUACAAAUAUUCUUGUGUACAGGGCUGUUCUAAACUUUUCUAUUUUUAUUUAUUUUUUUUUAUUUUUUUAACCACUGCACCUUUGUUGUGGUUAGGAGUACGGUCUUGAAUGCAUAUAAACAUAUUGGCUUUUAUGAGAUGAACUCUGUGUCACAUUGGUGGCAGAAGGAAUGGUAUUUGGUUACCGUUGAGAUCUUUAUUUAUCAAACUCUUGACAAUGAACAAACCUGAGAGUCAGCAUUCCUAGCACCAUAUCCACUACUAUAAACUGUCAAACCCAGAGUGCUUGGAGUGUCCCUUUUUAAUUGUGCUUAUUUUAGACGGUAGAUGGUUUGUCUGAUAUAGCUUAUCUUUUCUAAAUGCUUGUACCAAGUUCCGCAGAAGCUACACUCUGUACCCAAAAUGUAAACUUUGAAGGUAGUCUUUGAGGUCCAGUUUUGUUUCAUACAAUCUAUAUGGCUACAAGACAUUUAACUUGCCUUUCCGCCAAGACCAUUGGACAGCAGUUGACAUGAAUAACUGUUAUGGGCACACUUCUUCUCCAAGUUCAGCAACUUAAGUUUGGUCUUUCACUGCUUGCUUUUAUUUAAUAAAAAAAAAAAAAUCUUAAAUCUGCAGUGUCAUUAUACAUUUUGAAAUGUAUUUCACCCCCCUCCCAUUUUUCAGUAUCUAGGAUUUGGCAUCAUCUCGAAUUUGGGCAAAGGUCGCAGAGCGGCGGCAGCAGCUGACCUCGCAAACACAAGCACAGAAUCAAACGCCGUGCAGGAUAUUGAAGAAAAGGAUCGUCUACUUAGACACGUGGAAGCAAGGGAUCUUAUUGAAUUUGGCAUGAUACCAGAGUUUGUUGGGCGCCUUCCUGUUGUUGUUCCACUACACAGCCUGGAUGAGGAAACACUCGUGCGCAUCCUUACUGAACCACGCAAUGCAGUGGUACCACAAUACCAGGCACUGUUCAGUAUGGAUAAGGUGAGGAUUCAGCUGUAUGUGUGUAUGUGAUCCGUAACUACAUUGAAGCAUUAGGAAGAUUUAAAUAUCUUGUAUUGCAGAGCGAGGCUGCAUUCCACUGGAUCAUUGGAGCUUACCUUGUCUUGUUCCAGAAAAUAGAAUGUUCAAUGAAAGCUAAUAGCUUAUAAGCGUGUUUUAAUAUCCUAGUUUGUAUGUAUGGAUUACCAGAUUCCAGAUGUAAAAACUUUUUUUUUCAUUGUAAAACAAAAAGGUUGGGCCGCUGACCAAAACGCAUUUAAUUAGUUAGUAUUGUCCCCUUAUUUUAUUGUUUUCUUUCCUAAACAGUGUGAAUUAAAUGUCACAGAUGGUGCUCUGAGGGCCAUUGCGAGGCUUGCCCUUGAAAGAAAAACCGGUGCUAGAGGACUCAGAUCAAUCAUGGUGAGCAAUAAUCUCUAUAGCCUUUAUUUUGAAAUGGCAUUUUGCAUAUUCAAACAGCCUACCACAAUGUAGGUUGUGGUAUGCUUUACUGUUUUGAUAUCUUGGCCUACAUGAAUAAAACAGCUGGUGGAUGAACACUUUUGCUUUGCUGUUAGACUGGCUUGUGAGCUAUUGCUUUAUAAAUUACCAUGGACUGUAUUUAUUUAUUUACAUUUGCUUGUAUAAUCAGUUAAUUUAACAUUUAGACAAUUCUUCAAAUAGAAUUGUUAUAACAAUUAAACCAUUAUGUGUUUGAUGAAAAUACUGCACAAUAAAAGAGCUAAGAAAUUUUGACUAGACAGGUGUGACAAAUGGGAUUCAGAAUGUCUCCAUUCAGUAUUUUGUAAACAAACACAUUAACAGUAAUUCAACUGUAAUUUAUCAAUUGUUUGCUUGGUAUAAAAUUUUUUUUUUUUUUUAAACUUUUGUUUUAUUGUCCAAAGCACUCAGCCUUUCAUACUUGAUGUUCCUUAGUCUAUCCUCUUCUGAAUUUCCUGGUCACUGACCUCAAUUUCAGUUUUAGUUUUAUUCUGGAUGGUUGAAAGAACCAAGCAACUAAAUCCUCUUUCCCAUGUUGCAAAAAAUGGAAAAGGAGGAUUUAGGAGUAAUGUAUGAACAGAACACACCGCUCCAGCUCUUAAAACUACUUCGAAAUCUCAACAAAUAUUGGCAUUUAGACACACCAUUGGCACUGCCAGAUGUGCAGUGUUGACCCGGUUCUGCCUUUCAGAGUGAUGGAUUAGUAUUAGUUUGGUUAUUGUUUGUACCAAUUACUAGUUGCUCCAGUUCUUUAAUAACUGUUGGACCUGUAAAAAAAAUUUCGAUUUGUCUCCCUCAGGAAAAGCUCCUCCUGGAACCCAUGUUUGAGGUCCCGAAUUCAGACAUUGUCUGUGUGCAGCUGGACCAGGAAGUAGUGGAGGGGAAGAAAGAACCUAGUUAUGUCAGGUAAAUAUCUCCUACCUCUAUCAAACUUUCAAAUAAACUUUUUUUUUUUUUUUUUUUUUGGUAUAGUCUAUUGGACUCUUUUCUUCAAUGUGUACCUUGUUUAUACAAUGCACACUUGUUCUUAAAGUGACUUUAUGAGCUGCCCUUGGUCAGGCUGGAGACUGUCGCCAUCAGGCCAGCAAUUUGGUGGUCCAAAAAUGAGUCCUGCUAAUAUUUUAAUGAGUAAUGUCUAGUCAUUUCACUUUGUGCUAUCCAACAAAGAGUUAAUCGAAAUUACAAAGGACUUUGUAUUAUGAUGAAAAUGCUGUCCCUGUAUUUUAAUGUUCUAGAUCGGGGUAGCAAACCUUGGGCAGUCCACAUGUUGUGGACACAUCUUCCUUAAUGCUCUUACAGCAAUAACGUGGAGAUGUAGUCCAUCUAUUAUCUAUGGCCAAAACACAGUGUUAUUUUUUACUAAAGUGAGAAUUCAAAGAAAACUUCAAGAGAAUUUCAAGUAUACGACCAGAGUAGCUGAACUGAUCAUAGCUGACAGCAUUUUUUUUUUUUUUCUUCUUCCAGUUUUGGAUAUUUUGACCAUGCAUUUUAAAUUCUCUUUAUAUUCACCAAUACUGUGCCCAAGGAAGGAGCAGAUGACAACAGUCUCUGCUUGUGACGAUAUUGGUUCCAUGUAUAAUAUACAAAUUCUCUUCCAGAACACAAAACAAAGAGGUAACCGAGGAAGAGUAUGAUUCUGGAGUGGAGGAAGAAAGAUGGCCCCGUCAAGCAGAUGCUGCAAACAACUAAACUUUACACUGUUUAGUACAGUAACACAAUAUUUUUUUAUUACCUGGAAGCCCAACACUCAUUUUGAGGGUUACAUCAAGCAGAUGCGUUUUAAGAAAACACUUCAGGUUUUUACAGCUGAGGGCAGUAUUGAUUUGGUAUCCAGACACAAUGCUGUGCAUCUAAAUGUGGAGGUGGUUUUGUUUUUUUUCUUUCUUUAGAACAAGAAACCUAUCAUUUUUGUUUUUAAUUUUAAAGUAAUUUGGUUAACACUGUCAACUAGUCAGAUUCCAGUUCAUUAAACUCCUAUAGGAUCUGGACAGAGAUGUCGGUAGUAUGCAUUUUGUUUAUUUACGUGUCUGAUUAGUGAAAAUGGCACUCCCCCUUAAUAUUAUCUAAUAACACCUCAAUGCCUGCGACUCCAUCAAAGUAAUUGACCAAGUACCUUUGCUUCCAGAAAAUGGAGCGUUCAAUGAAAUUAUAGCUUACUAGAGUGAAUUUUAAUAUCAUGGUUUGGAUGGAUGGAUUGGAUGAAUGACAAGAUUCAGAAUGUAAUUUACGUCACAUAGCUCAAUUAAAUUGUUCAUGCAAUGGAGGAAUAACUAAAAGUGGCUUUCAUUUAUACCAUCAAAGGUAUGUGGUGGCAGCAGAAAAAUGGUGUAACUAUAUCCUCCAGUAACUAUUGGCUGCAUAAAACUUGGAUUGAGAGAAUGGUUGUAUUUCAACAACUGGCUCAGUUUAUCUUAGAGUUAUCAUUGGCCCAGGGGAUUAGUGAGUGUAGUUUUCACUGGAUUUUUUUUUUUCCUCCCCCCUCACUUCCUUUAACGGCUGGUUUAAAAUUGGGUUGUCUCAUUGAAUUUACACAUUUUCAGACUAUUCAUCUUCCACCACGUGGAAAAUGUUAACAGAAGUUCUACUCCUUUACAUCCUGUCAAAUACUUUCAACAGUUCUUUCCUUCAUGGCCUACAGAAAGGGAAAUUGCCAAGAUUAAAAAAUGGUUAUUCUUCAUAGAAUCAUCAUACAUCAGACUGAUUUAUUGAUUCUCACCUCACACCAGCUGGGAGACCCAGCUAUAUGUGUAUAGUGUGCAGCAGGCACUCCAGCUGUGAAAUAGGAUAUGGAUAUUAUGAACUGAUUUUAAGUUAUAGAUAUGCUUGUCUAACUUUUGAUUUUAGAAUUUCACUCAAACGGAUGAUGUUAAUCUCUCUUGACACCUUGAAUAAAAAGUUUGUUCCUUUAGCCAAACGUUUGCAACACUAAAGGACCUAUGUUUUCAUUUUUGUAAUUCAUUUAAAUGAAUUAAACAAAUACGAAAAAUAUGUAUAGUGUGUGUGUGUUUUCUGUCUAUUUACAUCUGGGUUGCCAAUGCAAGCAAAACUUAUUUUUCCUCCCAACCAAACAGGGCCUAAAGAGCCAAUCUAACUACUGCGGAGGCCGCCGAGGUAAUGAAACAAAGAAUUGUGAAUAGUUUAACACCUGAG